UUGAGUUGCAACAGCCUCUCCUCGACGACGGACGAGUCCGCUUUGUACGUUUCGAACGUCCUGUUGACACUUUGCACGCUGUGCGUUGGACACUUGCCGCCCGUCGCCAUUUUGUUUUUGAAUCUUCGCGGCGCCAGGACGGAAAUUGGCGAGAGAAGGAAGCGAGAUGCUUCACCACCCUGCGCGUUCCUGCUCGUUUUAUUGCGAGCGCCAAACGACCGGCUGUCCGUUACAUCUUCAAAUGUAAUCAUUCUAAAACCGUUUUACGCAACAAUGUCGUUCCACCUCGCAACGACAUUUUUCUCGCGAUUUCUUCUGGAGGAGAGCCGAUUACGCCACGUCGUUUUAGCAAGAGCGAUUCAUCUUCGUUCGCGGUGGAAAACACACAUCCGUCCAUUUUCCGUAGCGCUUCUCCUCGCGCGGGUCGCGGGCGUGCCGGGGCCUAAGCCCCGCUGACUCCGGGCGAGGGGCGGGAUACACCCUGAACCGGUCGCCAGCCAAUCGCAGGGAUUUGAACCCGCAGAUGUGCUGACGGAAACCAAGGUUUAUUUCUUCGUUUUAAAUGAUUAUUUCUCGACAAAGAAUAUUAGUGUGUACGUAUAAGCUAUUGAUCACAAUUUAAGGACAGCAUUAGUUUUGUAUCAAUAAAUAAUUGGGUAUAACCCGAAAAGACAACACCCAUGAUACUUAAUACUUACACCCCUUAAACGUCCCUUCUUUCAAACAGGCAUGCAAUAUCGUCCACGGAACAUUACGCAUUCGUUUGAUUUUUCAAUGACAUAUUUUCUGGGGAGCUGAUUUCCACAAGUUGUUCAUAUUUUGGGUGAUUAUUCUUUGUGUUUCGGUAACGUGACGCGAAAAACAGAAUUUAAAGUCAUUAUUAUUGUUAUUAUUUAUGUAUGUAUUCAUUCAGGAUCGACGUAAGCUUUGAACUAACUAAUUUGAAUCUAACAUUUACGCGAGAGGAAAAAGGCGGAAGUACACGGAUCCUUUCUUGCGAUUGGGCAAUAACCCGGAAAGUUGGGGAAAACAAUCCGGAAGUGCUUCGGGCAACGUCCGCAGCGCGAAGAUGGCAAGCAGACGUCGCCGUUGACUCGACCGCGCGUCGUCAACAAAUUCUCAUCCCUCGGCCAUGUGUGAAAAGAUCCAAAAGGUGAACCGCUGGCUGGCGGCGGCGUUCGGCGACGAGGAGGUUCCUCCGUUCGAGAUGAACGCGCGGACGGUGAACAUUUUGGAGCAGCUCGCCCGUUCCGCCGAGGCGAGCUGCCGCCGCGCCGACCUGCUCGCCCAAGACCGCAAACACAAAGCGGCCGAGUACCGGGCUGACGGCGCUCACCUCCACGAUGUUCUGGUCCAAAGUUUGGGCGUGUCCUACGCCAGCCUGUCCGAGUCCUGCGCGGACUACUUGGCCUCGCUGGUGGACAUCGCCGCGGUUCUGGCCACCAGAGACACGUCGCUCUACAGUUUGAUGCCGGCGCUGAACCGUCUGACCGACGAGCUCCUGGAGGCGGAGAAGUCCGAGAGGAAGCUGGACCGGGGGCUGCUGGUCCUCGGGAAGAAGCUGAGCGACACGAUGGCGCUCGGAGGACAACUGCAAGCGGACGUGAGCAAAACGCGUCAGGCUCAAGCGGCGGAGAGCGCCAAAGUGGAGGAGCGCAUGCUCAACAUGGACUUCCUCGAGGCCAAGGCGAAAGAGAUCCGCACCAGACGGGAGGGCCAAGAGGCGCAGCUGGCUUCCAGGAACAUGAAGGAGCCGCUCAGCCAUCAAGCUUUGGUCCGACUCUCGGAGGAAGUGAACGCACUGAAGACAGAAACGGUUCCGCUGAAGAAGAAACUGGAGCCUUUCCUGGACCUCAGCGCGAGUCCGUCUCUGGCUCGAGUCAAAAUCGAAGAGGCCAAAAGAGAGCUGGCGGCGCUCGACUCCCGGCUGGAGACGCACGUGGACUUCAAGUGAACUCUGACACCGAAAGGAUAUUUUACAAAUAAACUUCAAACGGAACGAGCGUUUUGUCUUUUG